AUGUUGGGGCGGACAAACGUUUCGAAUAUGCUAGAGGUAACGGAUAGUUACCACCAAAACCAAAAACACCACGAGUCCGUGGACUCAACGCUGUCCACCAUGGAGCAUACGUUCACGAACACGACUUUUGACUCGAGCACGAUGCAAAACACAAAUGGCGAGCCGAUUUCCAUCGAUCCGAGCAAGGCGCUGACGGUGUAUCACCACGUGAAUGCGAACAGGAAGGAGGCCGGUACUUCGAAAGGAGCAGCUGGUGGUGCUGGAGCUAAUACAAAUGCAACAACGAAGGGAGCAUCAGCGUCUUCUACGAACAACGCGCACAGUAACCACACGAGAAACAACAACCGGCGAUCCUCUGUGGCGAACCAGCCAAAUUUCAAGCCCGCGGCGAUGAAUCGCACGACCCGUGGAACCACGAAUGGAUUCAUCCCGAAACACCAGCGGGAGCAGAUCACGCUGGACAAAGCGACCACAGCGGCCCAUACGCUGGGUCGGGAAACCGACCCCCGCGCCGCGGAGUUCGCGCAGCUGUCUUUGGGG